AGUGCGGCGCCGCGGACUGGGUCGCGCAGGCGCGGAGGCCGGCCGGGCCGGGCCCGGUCUGGUUGUCAUGAGAGCGGCGGCCCCGGCGCUGGUCGCCGCCUCUGCGACUCGGGGCGGUGGAGGCGGCGCUACCUGAGCCCCGCCGAAGGCGCGGAGGUCGUGUGGACGCCGAGGUCCGGCGGCCCUCCGUCCUGACAGGUGGGCGCUCGUUCCUGGCGGUUCGCGCUGGAUGCCGCAUCCCGGUGUCCCGACCUGUCUGUGCGGGGCGCCCGGCGACGGUGACUCGCUGCCCGCGCAGCCCCAGCGCACAGGAUGCCCCACAAGAUCGGAUUCGUCGUCGUCAGCUCAUCUGGGCACGAGGACGGCUUCAGCGCCCGGGAACUAAUGAUCCACGCUCCCACCGUCCGCGGGUGGAGGUCGCCAAGGUGUUGCCAGUUCCCACAAGAGAUCGUGGUGCAGAUGGUGGAGCGAUGCCGCAUCCGGAAGCUGCAGCUGCUGGCCCACCAGUACAUGAUCCCCAGCAAGGUGGAGUUCUACGUCAGCCACUGCCUGCCCGAGUGCUUGCCCCCGUUCCAGGCGGAGCGCUUCCGCAGACUCGGCUACGUCUCCCUCUGCGACAACGAGAAGACGGGCUGCAGAGCGCGGGAGCUGAAGUCGGUCUAUGUGGACACCGAGGGGCAGUUUCUGAAACUCGUUUUUCACCAAAAUCACGCCAACAAGUACAAUGUCUACAAUCAGGUCGCCCUGGUUGCCAUGAACGUCAUCGGGGACCCCGUGGGCUGCAGCGAUGAGAGCAACAUUGCCUCGAGCGAGAAGCUGACUGACCACUACCUGGGGCAGCGCCCGGAGGACCCAGCCCUGGAAGGAACCUGCUCUGGGAAGUCUGACCACAUCUCCCCACUGGACGACUUAGCCUUCGAUAUGUACCAGGACCCGGAAGUCGCGCAGAUUAUCCGCAAGUUAGACGAGAGGAAGCGCGAAGCCGUGCAGCAGGAGCGCUACGACUACGCCAAGAAGCUGAAGCAGGCGAUCGCGGACUUGCAGAAGGUCGGGGAGCGGCUGGGGCGCUACGAGGUGGAGAAGCGCUGCGCCGUGGAGAAGGAGGACUACGACCUGGCCAAGCACAAGAAGCGGCAGAUGGACCAGUACCGUGCCCAGGUGUACGCGCAGCUGGAGCUGCACAGCCUGGUGGACAUGGAGCCGGUGCCGAGGCCGUUGGAUUUACCGCUCCAGCCCCUCGUUCACUCCAGCAGUUCUUGCCACCUGCCGCCAGCACUGCCACCACCUCAGGACGACAGUGUGACGGAAAACCAGCGUGCAGAGCCCGUCCCUCUGGAGCAGCCCUCGUCCCACUCCCUGGACGUUUCUCUUCAGCGCUCUCCCUCGGACCAGCCGCUGUCCCCCUCGCACCCUUCCCACAAGGCCCACCCCGAGGACCUGCCCUAUGACGAGCGCCCCCUGCCCGCUGUCCACAAGCAGCCCGGCGCGGCCGUGGAGCCGGAGAAGCGGGACCUGGACGCCAGCGAGGCUCCCCGAGCGGGUGCUGUGGGCGAGCCCGAGCCCCUAACAGAGAAGGCCCUGCGGGAAGCCAGCUCUGCCAUCGAAGUGCUGGGGGAAGCCCUGGUGGCUCAGGCCUAUUCCAAGACAUGGUCGUUCCGGGAAGACGCACUGCUCACCCUGUACCAGCAGCUGGUGGACACGCCGGUCGGAACCCCGAAGGAGGACCUGAAGGGCUUGCUGCGCGCGGCCGUCUUUCUCAUCCGCAGGUCCAUCCGGGACAUCGUGACCCCGGUCUUCCAGGCUUCGCUGAAGGUGCUGAAGGUGCUCCUCACCCAGUACAUCCCCAAGCACAAGCUGAGCAAGCUCGAGGCGACCCACUGUGUGGAGAGGACCGUCCCCGUGCUGCUCGCCAGGACCGGAGACUCCUCUGCUCGCCUGCGGGCCAUGGCCUCCAACUUCAUCCAGGAGAUGGCCCUGUGUAAGGAAGUGAAGUCCCUACAGAUGGUCCCGUCCUACUUGGUGCAGCCCCUGAAGGCCAACGCGUCGGCGCACCUGGCCCUGAGCCAGGUGGCCCUCCUGUCCCGGCUGCUGAGAGACCUGGGCACUGACAGCACGGGCUUCACCGUGGAGAACGUGAUGACGUUCGCAGUGCGCGCCCUGCAGCACCGGGUGUUGCAGGUACGGGAGAUGGCGGUCUGCGUGAUCCUGGACCUGUACCGGCAGCGCCGCUCCGCCGUGCUCGAGUACCUGCCCCCCGACGACAGCACCUCGCGCAAGAACAUCCUCUUCAAGACCAUCUUCGAGGGGUUUGCCGAAAUCGACGGCAGGCCCACGGAUGCCGAGAUCAGGGCACAGAAAAGAGCAGCCACAGAAGAAGCAGAGAAACAGAAGAAAGAAGAAAUUAAAGCUCUACAGGGGCAGCUGGCAGCCCUGAAGGAAAUGCAGGCCGGGGCCCAGGUGGGCGGGUGCUGGCGACGGGAAAAAGGAAGCGAGGCUGCCAAGGCGAAGAGUCCAGACCCUGACAGACAGAGCGCGGCCCCUCGCAGUCCCCCCGAAGCCGCCGAGAAUCCGGGCCUGGACAACCUGUGCAUCUUCUGCGGGGAGCGGAGCGCGGCCUUCACGGAGGAGGGCCUGGACCUGCACUACUGGAAGCACUGCCUCAUGCUGACCCGCUGCGGCUACUGUAGACAGGUGGUGGAGAUCGCCAGCCUGACGGACCACCUGCUGACGGAGUGCGACAAGAGGGACGGGUUCGGGAGGUGCUGCCGCUGCAGCGAGGCUGUCCCCAAGGAGGAGCUGCCCAGGCACGUCGCAUCCAAGGACUGCCACCCUGCCAAACCAGAGAAGCUGGCCAACCGGUGCCCUCUGUGCCACGAGAACUUCGCCCCUGGAGAGGAGCCUCUCGUUUCAGGCGUGGAAAGUCCACCUGAUGGGCCCCGUGGGCUGCACGAUGAACCUGCGCAGGACGUGCCUGCUGCUCAAGGCUCCAGCUCCACUGCAGGGCAAAGGCCCAGACACGGCCAAGCCAGGGACCUCGGGGCUGAAGGCUGGAAGCAAGAUCCCCACCCCAAAGGGGGGCCUGAGCAGGUGCUCUGGCAGGACCUACAGGAAGCGAUGACCCGACGGGACCAAGCCCCUUGGUGUGAGCGGACCGAGCCAGUUCCUGAUCGUGCACACGUCUCCUAACAGCCAUCUGCGGCCGGCGGCCAUGCUCCGCCCGCUGUCCUCACGCAUGUGUGGGGUUGGCCGAGGCGGCGGCCCCGACGACCGGCACUCCCUCCCGUGUCCAGCUGGCAGGUCUGACUUUCUCAGGCCGGGAGCCAUACACGUAGCCGUGCUAUUGGAAGAGACCCCGAAACCAGUGCCGAGGAAGCGCCUGGAAGCAGGUGCCGGGUCGGGCCAGCGUGUCGAGGGCGUCCCGCAGGCACAGAACCCUCUUCCUUCGCAGUAACCUCGCUUGUGGUCUGUCUCGGCCACAGAGCUGUGGUCACUGCAGGUCACAGGAGAGCGGGGUGGCUCGAGCUCCCCCGUGCCUUCUCCCGCGCCUUCGCCAUAGGCAGCAGCUGCAGAGCCUGUGUUUUCCUCUGUGACAGAAUAAAGGUUAAUUAAAGGCAA